AAGGAAGCAACUGAAGUGCUGAACGAGUAUUUCUACUCUCACCUCGCCAACCCCUACCCCUCGGAGGAGGCCAAGGAGGAGCUGGCAAAGAAGUGUGGAAUCACGAAUAUAUCUAAGGCCAAAGAAGAGGCUAACAUGUAUGCCGCCGUGACAGCUGCCGCAGCCGCUGCUGCCGGUUCAGGAGGCAUGCCGCCAAACCAUGGCAUGGGAGAUGAGGUGAGUGCGGCAUUCCCUCGUGGAUGA